CUCUCUCUCUCUCUCUCUCUCUCGUGUGUGUGUGGGAAGCAUCACAGGCUCCUUGCUUCAUGUUAUGGUCGACAUCCAGCUCCGUUAGUGGUGGUGAAUGUGUGGCUGGAUCAAGAAUUCUACCAAUUAGCAGAUACUCUGAUAGCUGUUUUACAACAUAUGGAUAUCAUUGAAUCUAUCGUCAAUAUACCUGUGCAAAAUCCAUCUGAGGAGGAGUUCUCUUCUGCUGAUUUGAAUUGGACCAAAUUUGGAAGUGCAGAGCGUCAUGAUGAUGUAGCCCUUAUUCCUUAUGCCCGAGUUGAUGCAUUUAUAAUUGGAGAGUGUUCUAAAAUAGAAUGCCCAACACGGUUCCAUAUUGAGAGGGGAAGGAAACGAUCAAAGGGCAGUUUAAAAGAAUACAAGAAUGAUGAAUAUCUGGAAUACAGGCUGUACUGGUGUUCCUUUGGUCCUGAAAACUACGGAGAAGGCGGGGGUAUUUUACCAAGCAGACGAUAUCGACUUAACACUCGAAACCGUGCUGCAAGACCUCAAUCCAUGAGGGGCUGUACAUGCCAUUUUGUAGUGAAGCGUCUCUAUGCCCGCCCAUCUCUUGCACUACUUAUAUAUAAUGAUAGGCGUCAUGUAAACAAAUCUGGUUUUGUCUGCCAUGGGCCACUUGACAGAGAUGCGAUUGGACCUGGUGCCAAAAAAAUUCCAUACAUAUGCAGUGAGAUUCAACAGCAAACUAUGUCUAUGAUAUACCUUGGUAUUCCUGAGGAAAAUGUAUUAGAGAAACAUAUUGAAGGAAUUCAGCGUUACUGUGGUUCUAAUGCGAAAGUCAACAGCCUUGCUUCUCAGUAUGUCCAAAAACUGGGGAUGAUUAUCAAACGUUCUACCCAUGAAUUGGAUCUGGAUGAUCAAGCUAGCAUUCGAAUGUGGGUUGAACGCAACAAGAAAUCUAUUUUCUUUUAUCAGGAUACUUCAGAAACAAAACCUUUUAUUUUGGGUAUCCAAACUGAAUGGCAGUUACAGCAAAUGAUUCGUUUCGGUCAUCGUAGUCUCAUAGCAACUGAUUCAACAUUUGGCAUAAAGAGACUGAAGUACCCCUUGUGCACGCUUCUUGUGUUCGACUCUAGACAACAUGCUCUUCCUGUUGCUUGGAUCAUUACUCGUAGCAUUGCCAAGCCAGAUGUUUCAAAUUGGAUGAAAGCUCUGCUAGGCCGUGUUAUUGCUGUUGACCCUGGAUGGAAGGUCAAUGGGUUUUUAGUUGAUGAUGCCGCUGCAGAGAUUGAUCCCAUAAGAGAGACAUUUUCUUGCCCUGUCCUAUUUUCUCUCUGGCGUGUUCGUCGAUCGUGGCUGAGGAAUAUUGUCAAGAAAUGUAGUAACAUUGAAGUCCAGCGAGAGAUAUUUAAGCGGCUGGGAGAAGUAGUGUACAGUAUUUGGGGUGGAGUAAAUUAUGUGGUUGCUCUAGAAGAAUUGACCCAGGAUUUUGUUGAUCAAACUGCCUUUGUACAGUACUUCAAGGCCACUUGGGUGCCCAAGAUUGAAAUGUGGCUUACAACAAUGAAAACACUUCCACUUGCAAGUCAGGAGGCAUCUGGUGCCAUAGAAGCUUAUCAUGUCAAGCUCAAAGUCAAACUAUAUGAUGACUCACACCUUGGUGCACUCCAGAGAGUUGACUGGCUGGUGCACAAGUUGACUACUGAGUUGCACUCAAGCUACUGGCUUGACCGAUAUGCAGAUGAAAGUGAUUCCUUCCAAAAUGUUAAGGAUGAAUACAUUGCUUCUACGUCAUGGCAUAGGGCCCUGCAUAUUCCUGAUACUGCUGUUACUUUGGAUGGGAAGGACCACCUCUUUGCUAGGGUUGUAAGCCAGAAUGACUGCAACCAAAUACAUCUUGUGUGGAAUCCUGGAUCGGAAUUUGCUCAUUGUGAUUGUGAGUGGUCGAUGCAAGGAAACCUCUGCAAACAUAUCAUAAAGGUGAAUAUGAUCUGUGAAAAACUUCAAGCCUAUGAACCUUCCUUGUCAUUUCGGUCAUUUAGAGAGAUCUUAAUGACUAUGUGGAAAAAACUAAGGGAUGAUUCAGUUUCAUUGGAUCUAUCAAUGGCCUGGACACACCAGAUGCUUGAUCAAAUUCAGAAGCUUGUUGAACUGAACAGUUCAAACAACGUUGGCAGUAUAGUGAAUAAUAUGCCCCUGAAGUGGGUUGCUAAGAAAAGCAGAACAUCUGUGGGUAAGCCACAGUGCCAUCUGGCCUUGCCCUCCUGCUCAAACGGUAAUACAAAGAAUGCUGCUGCACGUAAAAAGAACCGGAAGCGGAAGAGAUUGUCUCGUUUAAGGUGAUUAACUCGAGUUGUGGAUUUGGGAUUACUCCUUGUACACAGAAGGAAUCCCAAGCCCAGCUAUUUUUUGGAUGCUGUGUUACUUAAGAUGGGAUCCAAUGUUUCGAAUUUUUGCUAUGUUCAUGAACUGGUUCUAUGUACCAUCGCCCAAGAGGUAAGAGAAUUACAGAUACAGAAGUAACUCCCAGCACACAUGCAGGCAAAUUGUACUGCUGAUGCCUUGUCAAAGAGGCAGGGAUUGGGGCACCUCUUGAUUCUUCAAAAUGGAUAGUAAGGUAUUCCAAAAUAGGUCUGUAUCUCUGUUUAUACAAUUUCUUAGAAGAAAGAACGAAAAAGAAUAAUACCCCAGUGCUGAUCAGUGUCGAACUUGUUAACCUGGCUUUUCUAUAGAUGUAAGUCUUCAUAGCAUGUAUAGACUCACAAUUUAAAUUCAUUGUUUGAACUGAAAUGUCAUCUUAUAGAGCAGUUAUGGUCCUUAGCUUGUGGGGUGGCCAGUUGAACUAAUUGGCUAAUGUCUGAAUCUGAGUGUAAAUGUUUAUUGUUUUUAUUUUGAUUGAUAGGCAGUGCAGAAAUUAAAUAAAAAAAUGUAAAUAAUUUGCUCAUGCUGUUUGAUUGUAGAAAAAACAUUGUAAAUCAGGUGGAAU